AUGGAGCUGGUGCAAGUCAAAAACGUUGAGGUUGCACGAGAUCCUCCUAUAAUCUCUUACGACCACAAAAACGUUGAGGUUGCAAAGAGGGUGAUCAAUCAUAAUGAGCUGAUGGAUGAACUACUUCCUUACUCGGCAGAUGAUGUGGUUCAUCAUAAAGCACAUUUCACACCCGAAUUUAUUGCCGAGCUUAAGAGUAAGGCUAACUCUUCAGUUCCAGAUAUCGUUGAUGGAAAACGUAGGCCUUAUUCCACCUUUGAAAGCUUGGUAGCUCAUCUAUGGAGAACCAUGGCUAAGGUCCGAGGACCUACAGAUCUCCAGACAACCAAAGUAAAGAUCUCCGUGAACGGACGAAGAAGGUUGAGACCUUGUGUUCCAGAUGAGUACUUCGGUAAUUUGAUUCUUGCAGCGUUUCCUCAAUCUCGAGUGAACGAACUUUUGCAGAAAUCCUUGAGCCACGCCACCGAGGUAAUUCAUGAUGCUGUAGCGAAGUUGAACUCGGAUUACUUCAAAUCUAUUAUAGACUUCGCGAAAAAUAAUAUGCGGAAUGAGGAUUUGAUAUUAGAUGAACAGGGAUGGAAAGUCCCAACUGUGUGGCCCAAUUUGGAGGUCGAUAGCUGGCUUGGAUUUCCAUUCGACACGGUUGAUUUCGGUUUUGGAAAGCCUUAUAUUUUCAUGCCAUCGUUUGGACCUUGGGAGGGUGUGGUGUAUUUAGUUCCUUCAAUGGAUGGUGAUGGAAGCAUAGAUGUCUACAUAACUUUGUUCGAGCAAUAUCUAAAUCUGUUCGAAGAAAUUUGUUUCUGCGUAAACUAA